CGUAACGGACCAACGAACCCCACGCACCGGCAGCAGCAUACGCAUACGCGAUAGUGGGUUUGCGUACGCGCGUGAAAUUAGACGUGCUCGACGCGCAGGUCACGCAUGUGAGUUUCGUGCCUCGGUGGUGGGCAUUUGGGUGGGCGAUCGAAGAAAAAUCCCACACAAGUGCUGCUGCUGCUUUAGUUUACUGAUAGUGAAAAGCCCGCGGUGGUUAAUUCGAUGCAAAUUUGGUGAUGCAAACAACCGACCAGGUGUACCUAGUGAUAUUAGAGCAAUACGACAGAUGAAGGAAAUAAGCGAAAAUUACCAGACCCGCUAAAGAAAAAGAAACUAGAACCAGAAGCCACGGUGUGGGGAGACCAGUCAACCUGAAAAAGCGCACAGCAAACCGGUUCAAAAGUGGUUAAAUUCGUUCAACCAAGCUGCAGCAACUGUUUUGUGAAGUGACUGUGGUGCAAGAGCCGACGUUUCGGGGGGUAAAGUGACCGGCAAACACGGCAACGUCAACGGUUUCGGCACACGAAGCCUACGAAAAGGAAAGUUUUGUCAACCUAGGGUGUCCGUACGUACGUACAAAAGUCAACGCGGGAGGAAGGAGGAGAGACUUAUGCACCGUUUCAGUGUGGGGCCUCGGACAGUCUGCAGCGCUUAGCGAGAUUCCAAUUCACGUGAAACGAAGCAACUCCAAACAACAACAACACAGCACCAUGAUCAAUCGACGAAAAGUGUCCUUGAGUGUGCUGUUUGUGCCUUUAUGUCUUCUGCUGGCGGCAAACAUCGAUCCCACCGCCGGACAUGGCCGCCUAAUAGAGCCACCAAGCCGUGCCUCGGCCUGGCGGUACGGAUUUUCCACCCCGCCCAACUACAACGACCACGAGCUGUACUGUGGCGGAUUCAACCGGCAGUGGCAAAGGAACGAGGGCAAGUGUGGGGAGUGUGGCGAUCCGUUCGAUGCACCGUUGCCGCGUCCGCACGAGUUCGGGGGCAAAUGGGGUCAGGGUGUGAUAGUGCGACGAUACAAACCCGGCACCACCAUCACGCUACGCGUCGAGCUCACUGCCAGCCACAUGGGAUACUUCGAGUUCCGCAUCUGUGACAAUGUGCAGGCCAAGCAAGACUGUCUGGACAAGCAUCUGAUGCGCAUCGUCAGCGGUACACCGAGCAUUCCGCAUCCGAACGACCUGAAGACGCGAUUCUACCCCCGCAACGGUAGUCGGAUCUACGACAUGAAGGCAGAACUUCCCGCAGAUCUAAACUGCAAUAACUGCGUGGUGCAGUGGAAGUACGUCGCCGGCAACAACUGGGGCAUCUGUCCGGAUGGAAACGGUGCGGUCGGCUGUGGCCCCCAGGAAGAGUUCCGCGCCUGUGCGGACGUAUCGGUCAGCGAGAAGGACGGCCAGGACAAUCGUACUCCGCUGCGGCCGAGCCAGAAGCCGACACCGACCCGGGCUCCCGACUCCAGCACGGAACCGGCCGAGGGCGAGCAACCGAUCGAGGAGGAACCACCGAAGGGCGUCAAGUAUAUGGGCCCACUGGUGGCGAUUAUAUCGCUUUUUCUGGUCCUAUGUGGAUUUGCUGCACUUUAUAUUUAUCACUAUCAUGGGGGGCGGAUAAAGGCGCUGAUGCGCUGGAACCGGGAAAAGACGCAGAAGGGUGUGCACGGCACGGAACCGAUCGCGAACAUGGGCGGUGCUGGCGUGGCCCAUCACGGCGAUGUGGAAGCGAACGCACCGGUACCACCGCCACGCACGAAACGUAUCUCCAACCAAAUCCGCGACAUCGAUGCGCAAGAGUCGAGCGUACUGUCCGGUAGUACCAAGCGCCAGUCGCCACUGGAUAUCACGGUCAGCCGGCAACCGAGCGGGAUGGACUGAGGAAACUGGGUCUGAGGAAGCAGGCGACCGCGACCCGCAAGUGUGGCUCGCACCGGAGCAUGUUAUAAGUUUUAUUUAUUUGUACCACAAUGCGUACCCACCAUCUUCACCACAUGCGUCCUCGAAGGCAGCCUGACUGGCUGUGUCGCACUGGUUGAUGCGAAUGCGAACACAAAGUAGUGUAAUUUGAGUAUUUGUGUUUUCGUUUCCUACACGAUUUUAUUUUGCAAACUGCGUUAGUGUCGGCAAAGCGAUUGCCAAAAUGCGAUUAUAAAAAGCUUCCCGUCCCCGCUCGGAAGGGUAGCAUUGGUAUUUCGUUUAGGGAGGAAUAGUUUUGAUGUAACUUUCAAACGAUUUACGUAAAAUGCACAACAGCGUGUUGAAAAGAAAUGUACGAAAAGCGAAAACGUAGUAAUAGAAAAUAACGUAAAUAAAGUGACAAUUCAAAAAUAA